AACUCGGCCGCGGGGGCGGGGCGGGAUCCCGGGUGUCCUGGCGCUCGUCGCCUCUGCCCUGGGCCUGCGCCUGGGUCCAGCCCCGAACCCCACGCUCCGGCCUCUCCUCUCGUCCCCAGGUGCUGGGUCUCAGGUACCCUCUGCCCAAGAUGCGGUAGGAGCGGCGAGCGCGAGAAGCCCGGGCCCGGCGCCGCCAACCCGUCGCCCAGCCCAUGGCGACCCCAGCCCUGGGGCUGCUCUUGGCGCUCGGCCUGCCGCUGCUGCCGGCCCUGUUGGGCCGAGCCUGGGGGCAAGCCCCCACAGCACUGAACACUUCCGAGAAUGGCACUGUCACGCCCUCUGUCCCCAGCCACAGUGGGGGUCUGUCUCAGGAGGCCAUUACUGCUAUCAUCGUGGUUUUCUCCAUCCUGGCUGCCUUGCUCCUGGCCGUGGGGCUGGUGCUACUGGUACGGAAACUUCGGGAGAAGCGGCAGACAGAGGGCACCUACCGGCCCAGCAGCGAAGAGCAGUUCUCUCACGCAGCGGAGGCCCAAGCCCCCCAGGACUCCAAGGAGAAGGUGCGGGGCUGCCUGCCCAUCUAGGUCCCUCCCUUCCUCCAUCUCGCUUCCUUGCUGUGUGACCUUGGGGAAGGGGUGACCUCUCUAGGCAAUGAGACUCACCCAGUGCUUGAGAAUAGAAGGGAAGAAGGUGCUUCAGAGACUUGGCUCCUGGGGGCAGGGGGUGGGGGGCUGCUCACUUUUUAUACGUUUAUGUAAAAUUGGUAGUGAGAUGUAAUAAAGCUUUUUUGAGUUGGUGGGAACAUUAGCCUAGAUGGAGAGAUGAAGGUAGCCGUGAGUUGUAAGGUUAUGGGGAUCCUAGGGGCGUGAGGAGGCUUCUUGGAAGAGAGUGGCUUUUAGGUGCACCUAGGAGCCAGAAGGGCUGCCCCUGGAGGGCGGGUGGGGGUAGGUGGGUUCUGAGCAGAGAGUAGCCCCCCCAUAAACUCACCAGGACAGACCAACUUUGGGCUCUUGUGCCUUUAUUGAGGAUCCAGGGUCUCCAGACCCCUGAUCCUUAUCCCUCAAAACACUUCUUAAGAUCAGCAACUCGGGGCCUCUUCCUGGCCUGGGGCUCUUGCCAGUCGCUGGUGGGUGAGGUCAGGGUGUUGGGGGUUCCUGGUUCCUCGGGGGACUGGAAGUGAGCAUGUUGUAGCAGGACCUUGGGAGGCUGGGUUCUGGGGUUCUUUGGAAAACUGGGGUCUGGGGAAGACUCAAGGGACUGGGAUGUCCUGACAGUAUCAAAGUUGGGCUCCAUUGGGGCUAGAAGUUGGGGACCUUGUGGAGGGCUGGGCUGGGUGUUUGCCUCGGAGAGCCUGGUGCAAGGGAUCUCCCAGGCUGUAGGGUGCUCAGUUGCCUUUUGAAGAGGGGAGAGACGAAGGGUUGAGGGCUCAGUGAGAGGAGAGGACUCGGGGUCCCCUGGGCUGCUUGUGUCUGUAGAAGCUGUUGAAAGCUGGGAUGGAGAGAUGAUUUCUUGGCUGGAGCCUGAGAGCAGCUGGGAAUUGGGGUUCUUUGAGGAGCAUGUGAUUUCCAAUGAUGGUGUGUUUUGAAGGGAUGACAGGUCUGCAGGCAGGGACAGGGGCUGGGGCUCUGGCAGUUUCUCUUCAUCUGGUUGCCAUCUUGUUCUUCCUGGUAGGUCAGGCUGGGUGGGGCAUGGGAGGAGAGAGCAGGUUGCUGACCUGCUGAUGAGAAAGAGCUGGCAGGUUGGACAGGCAGUUGGGGAAAGAUUGGGUGGGGGGGGUGGGGGCCCUCUCACCAGGCUGAAGCAGCUGUCCAGGUCCCCUCCGUGACAGCAGUCUAAGCUCUGGCUUGGCCUCAGGCUGCCCAUGCUCUUAGUCUGUACACUCAGACUGUCUAGAAUCUCACUCAGCAAAUCCAGUUCUUCUCCGGACCCCAAAAAGUUGCUGUCCAGAACUUCUUCUGCCCAUGGACCCUGGGCAUCCUCAGAGCUCAGGGGAGGUGUCCUGGGUGAGAAAGGGCACCCCAAGUUUCCUGAGAUCUCCGCCCUGGUUGGUCUGCUCUAAUGUUUGGAGAGCCUUCUGAUCCAUCCUGGUCUUCCACUUCCAACCUUGGUCCCCCUUGAGUCUUACCUCUCCCCCAGGGGCUCAGAAAGUCCCUUUUCUGGCUUAAGUCUCCUGCUGGGGCGAAGGGGUCUGUUCUACAAAAGACGGAUGUGAAGAGGGCAGUGAUGUGGAGCUGCAGAAUCAGGGGGCUGGGGCUUUCUGGAGGAGGGUGCGUUUGAAGUGAGCACCAAAUUUUGGUGUAUGUGAGGAGUGAGGCGAGAUGUUCAGGCAGAGACUGGGGUGGGGGCGGGGUGGAGGAUUUGGUGAUAAUUCCAGGUGUGCGCCUGGGAAGCACAUUCUUACCUGUCCAAAGUGCUGGGUGAUAGGCAGGCGCUGCUGCAGGCGAUCUGAGCGGCUGGUGAGGCUUGCGGUCCUCAGGGAGCCUCCCCUGUGCAGGCCAGAGUCCCCAUCCUAGGAAGAGGAUGCAGGACUGGAGGCCCCUCCUUCUUCCCUCCCAGGGCAUUGCCGUCCAUUAUUGAUGUUCUUACCUUGUACAGCAGUAGGCUCUGCAUUCCCUUCAGGCCACUCUUGGCCUAUGGAGAAGCCAAGGGGAGUUAGACCUAUGGGUGACUGGACACUGGGCAUCUGAGGUCAGCCCUGUGACCCCUAGCACAGCUGUGCCUUGCCACAGGACCUGUCUCUGUGUCUUCCAAAUAGUUCACUACUCCCUGGGCACCACCUCUGAAGUCAACAUAAACUUUUGCCCCCUUGACUAAUACAGAAGCAUUUCUGGAGGCCUAACCCCACAUAAAACAGGGAGUGGCCCUACAGCCUUGUAAAAAUGUGUCACUGUCUCCAUCAAACAAAGAAUAAACUUGGAUGGAGAAUUUUAAGCCCCAGGAAACUUUCAGGCUUUGGAGAAGAAAAGACGGGCAGAAGCUGGGAUGUAUCCUCUGAGGACAAGAGUCACCAGUGAAUCUUUGACUGUCAAUGUUAAAUGGGCAAGAAGUGAUUCUGACCCAGCCGAGCCUGCUGGAGGGGACAUGAGAGUGGGAGGACCCUUCCCAGCUUGGCUGCUGCAUCAGCUCUGAUGAAGGCCUUCGCAGGACUUGCCUGUCAGGGUUAAGUGACCCAUCGCCCUUGGAGCCUCAAACGUCCUCGGUCCCCUCCCCUCGUCACCCCAGCAGUCUGGCCUAUCCUGCGCAGCUCACCGAGCGGUACAUGAUCCUGACAGCUGGUUGGGUUUUGGCUUUGACCGAAUGCAGGAGAGCACCACCACCUUUCUGUGGAAGAAGGUUGCCAAAGGAGAAACUUGGGAUGUUGGGGCCACUAUACUAGGGCUGGGCCCCAGGCCCCACUCCCACCCCGGGCUGUGCUGCUGGCCAAUUCCCCCACCUCUAUAAAUGAGCAUAAUCACGGACCCCAUUGAGGACUAUUGUGGGAUUAAAUUAAUCCAAUCAACAUGUAACAA